UUAUUGUAUGGGGUAUAAUAGCAUUUUGAGAGUAAAAUCGCUGGCGCUUGUUUUCGUUUUGUCCAACAGCGGGGACGAUCCCUGUGUUAUCCAAUAAGAUUCCAAGAGGUCAGCAAGGUUAACCAAUCAGACUCACGUAGGUUGAACGUGGAACCCAAUCAAGUUUAAGAAAAUGUGAGACACCGCCCGCGCGGCAAAUUUAUUUUGCUUUUUAAAGGUACAGCUGUAGUUCAGCACUUUUGUACAAAGCUACGUGUAGUUAGGAAGUAGGAAUUGAGCAGGGAUAAAAAUAAAUAAAUAAAUAAAUAAAUAAACCAACCAACCAACCUAUAAACCUAUAAUGAGGGAAUAAUAUCUGUCAGAUUUUUUUGUUUUUUUAAAAGCUACAUAGUUACAGAUUAACGUUUCUAAGUAAGUACAUUAUUUAGAAUUAAAGUAGAAAGUUCUGAUACAGACAGAAAAAUAGAAAAGGCGGACUUUUUACGAGGGAACCGUUUUACAUGGUUUGAACAAAAUAGUGUUAAGUGUUCCUUAAAAAGACUUAAUCUUUUACCUCGUUUACCUGAAAUCCAAGCAAAUUAAACAAAAAGAGAUCUUCCUGCACUGUCUGUACCCUUAAUAGAUUCCUGCUCAGUUAAGUUUGUGAAUUUAUACGUAACAUGUCUAUAUACUGUCAGGAGAGACGAGUUCUCGUGGAAAUUCCUACUCCUCAGCCAAAAACUUCAGCUGGUUUAAGGAGGUCUUAUUUGGACACGCUGAGUUACAGGGGGGCAUCCACACCCAACCUCAGAAACAACCGCAUGCCAUCUAACCAAGACCUUUAUUCUGAAAGCUCAGAUAGCAGAUUGUCUGAUGGCUUUGAAUCCUCCCCGCAUGUUGGUGAUCAUUUUGAAAGAAGGCAAAGGCUGGCUUUCUAUUCCCCUGUCUCUGAAUUCCAAGUUAGCUCCAGCUGUAUUACCGAACCCUCUUUGAAGAAACAAAGGAUUAUCAACAAGGAAGAAGUGGGACUGCAGUUUCAAUUGGAGGCUGUCUCCCAGCAGCAGCAGCAGCUUGUGGAACUAGUCAACUCCCUGGUGAUACUGGAAGAGCGGGAGCAAAAGACUCUUCCAUUCCCAAACCUGAAGUCAUUACAAGAGGAAUUGCAGCUGAAAAAGACAAAUGUAUACAGAUCUAUCCCUUACACUCGGCUGGGUUCAAACAGAGAUGCUCACUGUUACAGAAAGGCAUGUCCUCAACUAUUGGCAUUCAAGAAAGCUUGUAUUGGAUGGGGUGAACUGCUGUUGCAGUGUAAUCUGUGGGAAUCGGCGCUGGAGUUUGUGCUGAAUGCCUGGAGGUUCACAAGUGAGCUUCCCCAGUGGGAGACCAGCAGCCACAACAGAUGCAAAGAGCAGUGCUUCAGUGCAUUAGCAGCCCAGUGUACAACAGCCUUGCAACAAAGUUCAAUUGGAAUGAAGAGGGCCAUUGAACUAAAGAGAAGGUUAAAAAUUGCAAGAACUCACAGUAAGCUGAUCAUCCCCUGCAUUCAAGAACUGGACAGCAUUAUUGAAAACCUGCAGAGCCGCACUGAAGAAACUGAAUCUGUGGUUUACUGACAGACUAAACAUGGCAGCUUUUACUGGAGAAUCAGAAGUUUGUUUUUUUGGAACUGAAGAGAAAAAAGGGAACAACCUACAAAUUAAGACAACUAGCACAUCGCCCUAAAGAAAAACCCAUUAGAUUGAGGUUAAAAGCCAGAUGCAAGCUUUACAGAUCGUUUACCUUACAUAGUUCAUAUGGGAUUUGGUUCACACGUAGAUUUCCGUUUUAUAACAAAAAAAAAAACGAAACCUAAUAAACUAUAUAAUUGAGUCGGUAGUUUUUUUUUUUUUUUGUACUGGUACAGACAGAUUUAUUUGCACAUCCUAAUGGAAACACAUUUUAGUUUGUCUAGAGAGCAGAAGACUGAUGGAGUAACCCACUGCUUUAGUCCUAUAGUCUGAGUGGAACAAUUUAUUAACGGUCUUCCUGGCAAGAAUUAUUUUUUAUAUAAAUACUGCUGUCCCAGACCGCUGGUAAUAUAUUUAUUUUCUUGUGUAGAUGUGAUCUCUGCAUGUUGUUUAGAUGGAGACUAUUUCUUUCAAACAGCAGUUGGGUCUCUUCAUACAGAAAUAAAUUAUUUAAUGUUUGGCCUGUCUAUGUAGAACAGUGGUGUUG